UUUUUUUUCUUUCUUUUCUAUAUAGUUCAUACGUGUAUCCUUCAUUACCUCACAUAUAUGCUUUGACUCCAUCUCUUGUAUCCUUAAUUCAUGGAUUUCUCUUAUGAUCCCAAACCCUUAGGAUCAUGAACAUCUUCCAAAACUCCUUUUCUCCAAAAUCAUCAAGAAAUUUGUGAAAUAAUAAUACCUGAAUCCUCCCUCCUCAACACACCAAGAUCAUCUUGAUUUACCAGUGAAUUUCCUCAAUUAAAUCAUAAAUUAGAGUAUAACCCAAGAAACCUAGGUCCUUGUGUCACACUUUCUUCAAUCUCACUUCACCAUGAUAUGAAAAUUUAUAUUUGGCUUCACCUCUAGUUUAAAUUUUAUUUCACUUCUAUAUUUAUUACUAUCAACCAUAUAUUGUACUUUAAUAUGUCAACAUCUAAUAUAGAUAAGUGUGCAUAGUUUUCAACUUACAUGAGUGUGUGUAUUAAUUGAAAAUCGUACUAAGUUAGAAACAUUUGAACUACGUUUACUUCACGCCAAUAUUUUGGAAAGAAAAUCUAUUCUAUUUUAGAACAUCACAAAAGAGAGACUAUGAGCAGAAAACAAAGUAGGAAAGGAAGCACAAAAAAAUGCUUUCAAAAUGAAAAGUACAAUGAAAGAUGAUUCAAUUUCACUCUCUAAGACCCUUCUUCCAUAUACACUUCAUCUUCUACUUCUCAUAGCUCUCUUACCCAUUGUUCUUCUUUAUUUAUACUUUUACCCUUUGUCUCUUACAAAAUCUCAAACUCAGCUUCACCAUGCCACUAGUUCUUCUCCAACACAUUAUACAGUAAAUGACAAACACAAAAUUGAUGAGCAUCCAUGUGACUACUUCAAUGGAAAAUGGAUUCAUGACAAAAAAGGUCCUUUAUACAAUGGAACAACAUGUGGAACAAUCAAACAAGGACAAAAUUGUAUCACCAAUGGAAGACCUGACUCAAACUACCUUUACUAUAGAUGGAAACCAAAUGAGUGCAAACUUCCAAGGUUUGAACCAAACACUUUUCUCCAACUAAGCAAAAACAGACACAUAUCUUUUGUUGGAGAUUCUUUAGCUAGAAACCAAUUUGAGUCUCUUCUUUGCAUGUUAUCAACUGUUUCAAAACCUAAACCUGUCCACCAUAAAGGUUCACAUUGGUGGCAUUUUCCUUCUCACAAUGCAACAUUAUCUGUGUAUUGGUCGCCAUUUCUUGUGCAAGGUGAUGAAAGAUCAAAAUCCGGGCCAAAUUUUAAUACAAUACAUCUGGAUCGUGUUAACGAAAAAUUGGCGAAGGAUAUGGAUGGAAUCGACUUGAUUGUGUUAUCAUUUGGAAAUUGGUUUAUUAAUGUUCCUUCAGUUUAUUAUGAGAAUGGUUUGGUUUUAGGAUGCUUAAAUUGUUCCGGUUUCGGUCUUAAUUACACUGAUAUCGGUUUUUACGUUCCAUUAAGAAAGGCUUUAAGGACUUGUCUUAAUGGCAUAAUUGAGAGGAAAGUUGCUAAAAGGAAUGGAAUUGGAGUAAUUGUGAAAACUUUUUCACCUUCUCAUUUUGAUGGUGAUUGGGAUAAGGCUGGAACAUGUUCAAAGAUUGAACCUUAUGUAAAGGGUGAGAAGAAAAUUGGAAAAAUGGAAAGUGAGAUUAGAAGGAUUGAGAUUGAAGAAGUGGAAAAUGCUAAGAAAAAAUCAAAUGCAUUUGGAGGGAUUAGAUUUGAGGUAUUGGAUGUAACUGAAUUGGCAUUGUUGAGACCAGAUGGUCAUCCAGGUGCUUACAUGAAUCCUUUUCCGUUCGCGAACGGUGUUCCAAAGUAUGUGCAAAAUGAUUGUGUUCAUUGGUGUUUGCCUGGACCUAUAGAUACUUGGAAUGAGAUUUUUCUAGAGAUGAUGAAGAAGUGGGAUUGGAAGGGACAACCAAGGAGUGAAGAGUGAGACAUUCAUUCCUCUUAGCUUGUUAAUUUAUUAAUCUAAUCUUUCCAUAGAAAGAUUAUGUUUAUUAUGUUCAUUCUCUGAUCUUCUUCCAUAAUGGCACAUAUGUUGGUGGGAGACUUUUGUUUUUAGUUUCUAGACAAGGAAGAUGUUUUAGUGUUUGAAAGCAACUUGGAACAAUAUGUAGAUAUUAAACUUUGAUGUACAUUCAUUAUUCUGCUAAGUUACAAUUGCUAUCCAUAAAAAUUAAAAA